AUGAAGAGAAACCUAAAUGAAAAUUCAACUCGAAGUACAGCAGGCUGUUUGCCUGUACCAUUGUUCAAUCAGAAAAAGAGGAAUAGACAGCCGUUAACUUCCAAUCCACUUAAAAAUGAUCCAGGUAUCAGUACUGCUUCUGACAGUUAUGAUUUCCCUCCUUUACCAACAGAUUGGGCCUGGGACACUGUGAAUCCAGAGUCGCCUCCUUCAACGAAGGCAAUGAAGACAGGGCAAGCACCACAUUCAGUUUCUCAUCCCCUGAGAAGUCAAGAUUUUGUGUCUAAGUCUAUUCAAUCAAAUACUGAAAGAAGCAAGAGUGGUUGGAGCUACAGAGAUGGCAACAAAAAUACCAGCUUGAAAACUUGGGAUAGAAAUGAUUUUAAGCCUCAAUGCAGAAGAACAAACCUAGUGGCAAAUGAUGGCAUAAAUUCUUGUCCAGUGAGUUUGGGCACUCAACAACAGAAACAAUUAAGAAUAUCUGAACCUCCUAACUUGUCUCACCACAGAGAAACUGAAAUACUCAGACAAACACGUUCAUCAGAAAAAUCUGGCUCCACAAUGAGAGGUCUAGACAAAAACAAUGCAUUACAGGCAUUUAAGCCAAAUUUUCAACAAAAUCAAUUUAAGAAAAAAAUGUUGGAUGAUAUUCCAGAAGAAAACACUCUCAAGGAAGCCUCAUUGUAUCAGUUAAAGCUUAAGGAAAAAGAUAAUUCUUUAAGAAUUAUAUCUGCAGUUAUUGAAAGCAUGAAGUACUGGCAUGAACAUGCACAGAAAACUGUACUUCUUUUUGAAAUAUUGGCUGUUCUCGAUUCAGCCGUUACAUCUGGCCCAUAUUAUUCAAAGACUUUUCUUAUGAGAGAUGGGAAAAAUACUCUGCCUUGUGUAUUUUAUGAAAUAGAUCGUGAACUUCCAAGACUGAUUAGAGGUCGAGUUCAUAGAUGUGUUGGAAACUAUGACCAGAAAAAGAAUAUUUUCAAAUGUGUUUCUGUCAGACCGGCAUCUGUUUCUGAACAAAAAACUUUUCAAGCAUUUGUUAAAACUGUAGAUGCUGAGAUGAGGUAUUAUACUAAUGUAAUGAAUGAAAUUUAA